AUGAGCAGUGAAAGAAAGAUGCGACCAAGGAGGCCUGCUGCAAAGCCCAAGCUACCGGCAAAACGAGUGCCUGAGGUACGUGAGAGGACACCCUCAAAAGAAGAAAAAGCACAGCAUUUGGAGCAUAUCAGACGAAUAAAAGAGUUCAAGAACCUUACAAAAAGUGUAAAUCAGUACCUACAGCAUAAGACUUUGGCUACUCGUGGGGGCCACAUUGAGGAAACAGAGCUUAUCGAGGAAUCCCUGCCCAUUGAGGAGAAAGCCGACGAAAUUUAUCAAGCAAUAAGAAGUAAAGAAAACAUCACAUUCACAGACCAAGAAAAGAAUGACGACAACUCAGUGGUUUUCAAAUUUGAGAAAACCACUCCAGCAGUGGAGCUACCAGACACCAUCAGGGAUAAACUUGGCCUCUCGGUAAAAUAUCUUCUCACUCAAGAGAAUCAAAACUGGGACUUAUUGUUAUAUCAACUUGAGAAGGAGGGAGGAUUCAAAGAUCUCCCGGAGAGAGAUGUCCGCAAGCUUGUGUAUGCUGUGCCUAGAGAUCAACUUCGAUACAUAUUUCCAAAGAUCGAGGAACUCUUGGAAGCAGCAGGGAUGCAAAAAUCUCCCAAAAUAAUCAAUGCAUAUAUGAGAAGUGUUAUUCACCGCAACUCAGUUGACCGGGUUGAAAUGCAAGAAGUUGAGAAGUGCAUAGACACUAUCAGACAGCUCAAUAAGAAGGGAAAGCUUGGUCGUGAGUCAUAUGAGAUCUUGGUGGAAGCAUACGGAAAAAACUCCAACAUCGAUAAGGUGAAUGCCGUUAUCACCGAAAUGAAAGAACAAGGUUUGGAACCCCUGAAAGUUGUCUACUCCAACGUCCUUGCCACAUGUGUCUACAAAACUAAGUCUCAUGCCACAGCAGUCCUGCUCUUCGACUCAAUGAAGUUCUUUCUGCAAAAGACGCAGCCGUCAACCCGUGAGUACCAAGACAUCAUUGUUAGUUACGUCAAUAAUGACGACAUCGAAAAGGCGUUAGACUUGUACCAGGAGAUGCUAACUAAUCGGGUGGAAGUCAAUCAAAAAAUUUUGGUUGCAUUGGCAAGGGGGUGCGUCAGUCGUGAUGAGCUUAAGGCAAGAGCGUGGGAUUUUAUGUUUGAGAUACACAAGAGAGGUUGGACUCCUACUGUCCACACCGCCGAAUACAUGCUCUAUUUGGCCCUGAAAGAUGGUGACUUACCACUAGCCCGUGUCCUUUAUCAACAGCUUAAUUUGGCAAAUAAUGCCAAUCCACGUUCAUUUUCGUUUCUUCUUCUCGCAUAUGCUAAUGCUUCCCUUGAUACGGACGUCCCAAUGAUAGAGUUUAAUGACACAGGUCGUCGUUUCCGUCACAACAUCAUCUCUAGCACUGACCUCACAGCCAAAAUGGAUGAUCCUCAAAAGGCAAUUCCAUUCUUGCCAAUACAAACUUUUACUUCACCUAAAGAGGUUUUGGCCGAAUCUAGCGCUGUCAUGGCACAUUCGUUGAUGAUGAACAAUCUGUUGAUCAACAUCGAAAGUGUAAACACAUUCCUUAACAUAGCUGCAAAUAUUGGUACGCUUGAGGAAUUCCGCGAUAGGUUUAAUCAGUUCACCUACUUGGACCGUGAAGGUAUUCCGGGAACAAGAAGUAUCAUUGAGCCUGAGCAAUGUUUGGAGGUUGAAGAGCCGCAGCAUGUUGAUCAAAGAGCUUCAAGUGAGAGCACGGCCCUCGCUAAAUCACCGGCACUUCAAAGACUCGCAGAGCACUCCAAUAAUCAAUUGAAGGUCCCCAGGAAUACAAUCACUUACCUUAUAGCCCUCAAAGCAGCAGCUAAGGGUAAUGACUAUGCGAUGGCUCAAACUAUGUGGACUGAAAGAGGUCUUUAUCGUAAGUCUGUUCACUGGAGCAAGCUCUCCAGGGAUGAAAAAGAUAAACUUGAUUUUGAUUUUGCCAUAACGAUGGUGAAUUGUUUGACGCAAUUUGGUCUUUUCGAUGAUGCUCUUGCUAUAAUUAUGAGUACGGAGUAUCAAUUCAGGUGGAAAAGACAUCAUUUUACCCAAUUAUACAAAGCAGCCGUCGAGAUUGGUAAUAACAAGAUAGCACUGACCCUUCGAGGAAUUGCUAAGCGGUCUCAGAUCAAUUUUGAGGGAAAGAUAAGAAGACGUGAUUAUAAAAAAUAUGUCAUGGAAAACGGUUUUUGA